ACGAAAACGUCCGACGAACGGAGGCAGCAACACCGCUGCGGCCCGGAGAGACGGGGGAGCCGGAGCGCAGUGCUUCCUUCUCGCCAUCAACUCCAAGGUUUUGCCAUGGCCCAGUCGGGGCUGCAUCGCGAGCCCUUGCCGGAGGCGCCGCGGCCGGAGGCGAGCGACGGAUGCCGCUCCAAGCACAGCCAGUUCCUGCUCGAGCAGCUUUCGCGGCUGAGGGACACGCGCGAGCUCACCGACGUGGAUCUGCUGGCGGGGGCAGCCUCCUUCCCGUGCCACCGCGCCGUGCUGGCCGCCUUCAGCCCCUACUUCCGCGCCAUGUUCACCUGCGGACUGGCAGAAUGCGAGCGCCGCGAGGUGCGGCUCCACGACCUGGCGCCCGACAGCCUCGCCGUGCUGCUCGACUACAUGUACACGGCGCGUCUGCGCCUCUGCAACGCCAACGUGCAGGGCGUGGCGACAGGCGCGUUCCUGCUGCAGAUGGACGGCGUCUUCGCCGCCUGCUCCCGCCACAUGCUCGACAACAUGGAGGCGUCCAACUGCGUGGGCCUGCACGCGUUCGCGCGCCAGAUCGGGGCCGAGCAGCUGGCGGACGCGGCGCACGACUUCCUGCGCCGACACUUCGCCGAGGUCUGCCUGCACGACGAGAUCCUCGAGGUCAGCGCCGAUCAGCUGGAGGCGCUGAUCUCGUCGGACGAGCUGAACGUGACCCGCGAGGACCCCGUGCUGGACGUGGUGCUGCGCUGGGCGCGCUGGGACCGCCGGGCGCGCGCCCCGCACCUGGCGGGGCUGCUCGCGCGCGUGCGGCUCACACUCGUCAGCGCGGACUGCCUCAGCGAGAGCCUCAAGAGGAGCACGGUGCUCGUGAGCGACGCCGCUUGCAGCCACAUGCUGGCCGUGGCGCUGGAGUCGGUCGACUCGAGCCGAGCCUCCCUCGCCGUGGUGACCCCCGGCGCCGGCCUCCGCUACGGCAUGGAGACAUCGGACGUGAUCGUGUGCGCGGGCACCGACGCGCGCGGCGUGCGCUCGCGACGCCCGGGCUACGCCGACGCGUGCUUCUGCUACGCGCCGGCGCUGCGCCGCACGUGCUACGUGGUCUGCCCGCGUCAGGGGGAGGCACUGGCCGCCGUGCGGGCCGGCGUCGUCACGGCCGACAACGACAUCAUCCUCGCCGGGGAGGCCGGCUUCACCAAGGCUGCGCGCCGCGGGAGGGGAGCGCCUCCCGCCGGGGUCGAGUUCGUGAGGUACCGUGCGUCGAGCUGGGAGCACGUGUGCUCGGCGCCGUACCGCGAGCUGUACGCGCUGGCGGCGGCACGUGGCCACCUCUACCUGCUGGGCGGCCAGGUGCAGGAGAAGCAGCGCUACCUCGUCACCAACGCAGCAGAAAGGCUGCCCCUCCCUUCGUCGGGAGGAGGUGACGGAGGAGGAGGAGGGAUGACGCAGCAGUGGCGCAGUGUUUCUCCGCUGCCUGUCAUGUUGGCCUCACACGUGGCCCUGACGGUCGGCAGUUACAUCUACGUGAUGGGAGGAUGGAUACCGCAGCUGGAGCGCCCGGACGAGGAGCUGGAGCGGCUGAGCAACCGCGCCUUCCGCUACGACUCGGAGCGCGACCGCUGGCAGGAGCUGGCGUCAAUGCGCUUCUCACGCUACCGCUUCGGCUGCGCCGCCCUCAACGGCGAAAUCUACGUCGUGGGCGGCAUCGGCUGCAAGGGACCGGACCGUGGCCAGACGCGGCGCUGCCUCGACUCGCUCGAGAUCUACAGCCCCGACGGAGACUUCUGGAGGGACGGACCCUCGCUGCCCUCCCCGCUCCUCUCGCUGCGCAGCAACGCCUCCAACGCCGUGGCCGUCAACGGACGCGUCUUCGUGUGCGGUGGAUUCAACUCCCCCGACCGACACGAGGUCAUCCAGAAGGACAUCCUGGAGUUUGACCCCUGGGAUGGCGGCUGCUGGACGGUGGUGGCGCGCGACGUCCUCAUGCACAACGACUACGACGCGUGCCUGGUGGCGCGCCUCAACCUCCGUGACCUCAUCCCCCCGCCCCCCGACCUCGUGGAAGCGUGACCUCCCCCCCCAACCAACUCACCUUCUGCGGGGAAAUGAAGCCCCGCUAGUGUCGCUUACCGCCCACCGCUGCCCGCUACACUCCUGGGUGACGUGGAGACUUUGCGGGGAGAACAUUGCCCGUCUGCUCGAGUAAAAGAUUUGUCGCUUGGGCAUUCAUGGAUCUCCCAGCUUAUGGGAUUUUCGCCGCGCUCAGUUUGGCGGUCUUGCACCAGACUUUUUUUAAUUUCGCCGCGUGCUUCAGAGUGAGUGCCACUCGGCCAGUUCAGCUAACCUGGUGCCGUCCUCGGAAAAGUAAUUUCCCACAAUCCCCUGGGAAAUUGGUGGCAGAUUUAUAUAUAUGAUGAAAUAUCAACAAAAAUACUUCGUCGUUUCUACUGAGGGGAGCUCUCUCAUUUCGUAUUUUGAGACAUUUGUAAAACGUUUCGAACCGCGAUGUUGGUGCGCAGGCGUGCGGGAAGGGUUUUGUUGGUGCACGCCAUGCUAAUUCGGCACACAUAAGCUUGGGUAAAGAUCUCACCAUUGAACGCUGCAGUGUGUGUUUGGGGCAAACGGAUGUUUAGCCAGAAUCAUUAUUAGGUAGAUGCAGAGGCGUUACUACUAGGGGGGUGUGGGGGGGGGUGCGGACCGCACGGGGUGACACCAUCAGAGGGGGUGACACCAAAAUUACUGUCUAUACAAUUUUUGUGCAGUGUUUCAGUAGAAAUGUUUCAGCAGGAAUGUAUUAUUAUUUUUAUAAAAAAAAUAUCCCUGUAGUUAGUUAUAACAAAAACAUUUUUUAGUAAGCCCAGCUUACAUGUACUGUAUCGAUAUACCUACAAGGAUUAAAACUCGAUGCUAAUUUACUUUUUGAACUUUCUAAUGCGCUCCGCUCAGAGCUGUCAUUGUUACCCAACUGCAGUGACGCUUCGAGUCACGUGGUCUCGUCUGCACGCGUCACAAGCACGCGCUGUUGUGUUCGUCGCUGCUCGUGUUUUUAAAGUCGCUGAUUUUGUCAAAUUUUCUGCUGUUUUAGCGACAAUGUUGUGGUAAUGAGUAUUUGUGAACCUGUAUCAAAAACUUUUUUUGAGAAUGAAGUAGUA